AUUCAGAUUGUUGCUGACGACAUCUGUGGCACAGUUCUAUAUAAGCUAUCACGCUAGACAGAUCGAAACUUAGUCGUUUGUUGUGAGUUCCAUUGAAAAGUUCAUUUACUAUGAUUAAAUGUACUACGAUCGUGUUUUUGCUUAUAUUACUUCUGGGCACGGAAACCCAGAGUAGUGAUGGAGCUAAUAUUUUAGGAAUUUUUGGAACCCACAGUCCUUCCCAUGUGAUCGUUCAUAUGGCUGUGAUGAAAACGCUUGCGGAUGGGGGUCACAACAUCACAGUGGUGACCCAGAUGAAGCCCAAAUUGGCGGCACAUGAAAAUAUCACAGUGAUUGUGGCACCACCGACACUGGAGCGAAAAAAGUUCAUGGAGGAAUAUAUGAAACAAACAUUCAAUGAUAAACCUUCUAUAUGGACUACUUUGAUGAAAGCUGUUCUUCAGGUAAAUGUACAGUUGGAAGGACAGAUUGAGUUCAUGGUUCAUCCGAAUUUCAAGGAGCUGUACGAGAAUCCCAAAACGAAAUUCGAUUUGGUAGUUUUGGGCCCGAUGGCCAACGACUUUCAGCUUGGCAUUGCCGCCAAGCUUCACUGUCCGGUGAUUAUAACUUGGGUGGGCGUGCCCCUGCCUUUUAUGGAUAGUAUUGUGGGAAAUGUCAAUGAUCCAUCUUAUGUGCCUAGCUUGAAUGUGGCUCUUGAAGCGGGACAAAACACCAUGAAAUUUACCCAAAGAUUGGGUAACCUUUUCAAGCAUUCCUUCCUGGACAUAGUCAAUAAACUAUUGAAUUUUAAGAUGAACCAGAUGUAUGAGAAAGCUUUUGCCAAUGAGACAGAUCCUGAAUUCCCCAAUUACUAUGAAAUGAAGCGUCGCAUAUCCUUGCUGUUCUACAAUUACCAUUCGCCCAGCGAAGGACCCAUCAGGCCCACAGUUCCUCAAUCGAUUGAAAUUGGAGGAAUACAGGUUAAGGAGCAGCCUGAUCCGCUGCCCAAGGAGCUGGCCAAGUUCCUUGAUGACGCUGAUGAGGGUGUCAUAUUCUUCAGCUUGGGUACCAAUGUAAAUUCCAAUAACUUUGGACCGGAAAUCGCAAACAUCCUGUACAGUGUGCUCUCCCAAUUGCCCCAGAGAGUUGUGUGGAAGUGGGAGGAUCUGAAUAAUAAGCCAGGAAAUGCCUCUAAUAUAUACUUUAGCAAUUGGUUGCCGCAGGAUGAUAUCCUGGCUCAUCCGAAGACCAGACUAUUCAUAACCCAUGCGGGGAAAGGUGGAGUAGCGGAGGCCCAAUACCAUGGGGUUCCCAUGCUGGCAUUGCCCAUUUUCGGCGAUCAACAGGGAAAUGCUGAGAUCAUGACAAAAUCAGGUUUUGGUCGUUGGUUGGAUAUGCACACACUGACGGCGAAGGAACUGGAGGAGAAUAUCCAUGAGGUCCUUGAGAACCCAUCGUAUCGAGAGACCAUCGGUAAAUUCUCCACCCUCUAUAGGGAUCGACCUUUGACAGCCCGUCAAUCGGUUGUCUACUGGACCGAGUACGUGUUGCGUCACCAGGGAGCCUAUCAUCUACAGAGUCCCCUCAUCCACAUGGACUUUAUAGCCCGAAACAAUAUAGAUGUCUUUGGAGUUAUUCUUCUCGUGAGUCUGGUACUCUUGAUACUACUCAUAGUCAUAUUUAAAUUCCUAUUUCGCAAGAUUUUUAAUGUUGUGCGUGGCUAUAGUUAUCAAGGGAAAACACUGCCUGUCAAGUUUAAAAAUAAUUAAUCGUUAUGCCAUCUUAUCAUUGCGAAUACGUAAUAUCAGUUGGCGCUAUGAAAUGCGAAAUUGCACAAAAGUCUUGCUGUGGGGUCAGUGAUCAAGUAUUAUAUUCUGUUUUUAAGAAUACAGAUUAAUGAAUUAACAUUAAUAAAUACAAAUGAUAUUGGU